AUGGAAAUCAUUACGGAGAGGUUCUACUCGAACCUUUUCCGUUCAUCAACUCCUGUGUCAAGCCCAAUCAUCCCCACCGGCGAAGCUCCACCACGGAUUCUCCCUUCGGAAGUACGAGUCGCUAUCAAGAGCAUGAAACCUGGCACAGCCCCCGGACCUGAUUUUAUAUCAGCAGACUUUCUUCGGGCUGGCCAUCCGCUUGCGUACAUGACAUCGUACCUUCAGAAAGAAAGGAUCCCAGACCAGUGGAAGACCUCGCGAACCGUUCUUAUCCAUAAGAAAGGUGACCGAGGACCUCCGAAACUACCGUCCGAUAUGCUUGCUGAGCGUGUUAUACAAAGUGUUCACCAAGAUCAUGCUCAGGCGCAUAUCCAAGACGCUUGA